AUGGCCUCACUGUUCAUUCUGCUGAUCCUGUGCUGGCAGGUAAGACUGAGCGACAGUGCUUCACCCGGAUGGUUCCAAAACAUUUCCACUAGUCUCUUCAGUCUGCCUGGUGACAUUAUGCUUGGAGGCCUUUUCUACAUUAACCAGCUCUCCAGCAACCUCAGCCAGAGGACGGAGCCCAACAACAUCAGCUGUGACAGGUUAAAUAAAAAUGGACUGGGCCUCUCUCUAGUCAUGAAAUAUGCAGUGGAUGAAAUCAACGCAAACCAAAUUCUGCUCCCUGGUGUCAAGUUGGGUUAUGAGAUCUAUGACACGUGCAGACAAUCAGCCGUCAUCGUGAAGCCCACUAUCUCCUUCCUCGCAGCAAAAUCCACCAAAGCACUGCCUGUGGAGUGUAAUUACACCAACUACGAGACCAGCGUAUCAGCCGUGAUUGGUCCUUAUAGCUCAGAAAUGGUGUCCCUCAUUGGGAAAGUCCUGGGAUUCUUUCUCCUUCCACAGAUUAGCUUCGGUGCAACCAGCGACAAAUUUAGUGACAAUCUUCACUACCCAUCCUUCUUCCGCACCGUGCCCAGUGACAAGUGGCAGGUGGACGCCAUCGCUCUUCUACUAAGAGAGUUUAACUGGAACUGGGUGGCCGUGGUGGGCAGUGAAGAAGAGUACGGACAACAAGGCGUGCAGCAAUUCUCCAAAAUAGCAGAGAAGAUGUCGGUGUGCGUGGCCUAUCAGGGGAUGAUUCCAGUUUACACUGACCCCAGACCAGCAGUCACAACCAUCAUUAACAACAUCCUGGCAACCAAUGUCGGAGUGGUGGUGGUCUUCUCUCUUGCAGGGCCGGCAGUGGACUUUUUCAAAGAGGUCAUCAGGAGGAAUGUAACAGGAGUGUGGAUUGGCAGCACAGCCUGGUCCAUCAACAGCAGACUGACUUCUCUCACCAACAUCCAGAGAGUGGGAACCAUCCUGGGCUUCACUGACAUGACACAGACCCUGGAUCUGCUCACUCCCUACACACAUGAACUCCUCCUCAAACUGAGCAAGGAGAAGUCAGACAUGUCGCGUUCAGCAACAAAGUCUUUCAACAAUCCCUGCCCAGAGUGUUGGGACUUAUCCCCUGCUAACAUCAGUUUGGUGAAAGACACAGCAGUGCAGCGCUCAGCUUUCAGUGUGUAUGCUGCCAUCUACAUUGUGGCAGAGGCACUGCAUAAACUGCUGGAGUGUAAUUCGACUGCCUGUCUGUGGGGAUCAGAAACUAAAAUCUAUCCCUGGAAGCUGUUGGAGAUUUUAAGAAACACGUCAGUAAACAUAAAUGGCAAACAGUUAGAGUUUGACAGUAAUGGCAACCCAAACCUUGGAUAUGAUUUGGUUGAGUGGAGUUGGGAGGCCUCAGGGUUACAUUUUAGGAAUGUUGGAAGCUUUUAUAGAGAACUGACUAUCAACAAGUCCCUCUUCAAAUGGUACACUGCAAAGUCAGAGGCUCCUCAGUCCACCUGUUCAGCAGCAUGUGAGAUGGGACAGGUCCACAGAGUUAAAGGCUUCCACUCCUGCUGUUUUGAUUGUAUUGACUGUUUGCCAGGAACGUACCAGGCAAAAAAGGACGACAUCCAGUGUACUAAGUGCCCUGAGGGUCAUUGGUCCCUGAUCCGCAGCACCACGUGCAUUAAACCCACUUUUGACGUUUUGGCCUGGGACACACCUGAAGCUCUGCUAAUGAUCAUGGCCGGGUUGCUGCUGCUGCUGUGUCAGGGGUCAGUUGGUGUCGUGUUCCUGAAACACUGGGGGACCCCGCUGGUGAAGGCCUCGGGUGGAGCCCUGAGUUUUGUGGCUCUUCUGAGCCUGACAGGAGUGUGUCUUAGUCUGCUGCUCUUCUUGGGACAGCCUGGAAACGCUGUGUGUCGUCUGCAGCUGCCACUCACUUCCAUUUUCCAAACAGUCACCCUCUCCAUUAUCACAUUCAUCUCACUGCAGAUAUUCUUAGUGACGGAGUUCCCAGAGAUAGCCGCCUCUCGCCUGCACAUCUUUCGAGGUCCUGGGAUCUGGCUGUUCGUGCUGGUCUGCUGUGUAGUUCAGGCUUCUCUCUGUGGCUGGCUUGUUCAGGAAUAUCCCUGGUUAUCUGAACAUGUGGCAAACAUGAAAAUAGACUUUGUGAGGGCCUUUCUGUCAUGCCCAGUCUCAUUGACCGGAUUUGCCUUAAUGCAAGGUUUCAACUGUGUUAUGGCUCUUAUCUCAUUCAUGUGCACCUUCAUGGCGAUAAAGCCUCUUCAUCAGUACAACCUUGCAAGGGACAUCACCUUUUGUUCCCUGAUCUACUGUGUGAUUUGGGUGACCUUUAUUCCAAUCUACAUAGGCUUGACCUACAAGAACAGGAUCAUUGUCCAUGUUUCUUUCACCCUGUUGAGUAACUUUGGACUGGGAGCAGCCUACUUCUUCCCAAAAUGCUACUUGUUGUUGAGGAAACCCAACCUCAACACAACAGAGCAAUUCUGUACCUUUCUAGAGGGCAUUCCCCCAACAGCGGCUGAGGAGCCACAGCCACAGCCAGGCCAAUAAACAGG